AUGCCCCUGCAGCAGGUAGGCUGGGGGAGGGGGUCGUGUGGGCUCUUUGGGGGUGCGGUGGGGGGGUCGGGCACUUUCAGAACUGGCCACCCACUGAAGGAACUGUGUUUCAUUUCCCCGGCAGAGUUUCUCAAAAUUCAAGCACUGUCCUUUUCCUGGGGGGGGCAUUAAAGUUGGGGUGCUAGGUUAUAUUUAAAAAGUACCCCCUCCCCUCCCCCCCAUCUUGCCCCUCGACUGGAAUGACCGUGGGGUCACCCUCCCCGCCCCUGAAUGCGGUGUUUUCCUUCCUGUGGCUGAGCUGAGUUGGGCCUCUGCCUGUCACUGGAGAUGACUCCCUGAAAGUUGGGACGGUUCAAGUAACUGCUUCAGGCCACCGUUGCCUGUGUGCCGCUUCAUGUUUGAAAUGACUUCAGGGCUUGGGUGUGGGGUCAGGGUGUGUGGGGUGAGCUUGGGUCAGUGCGGGGUUUCAAACUGAAACUUCCACUUGUCUUGUUUCCAACUCUUCUUCUCUCCCCCCCUCCUUCCUGUUAAGUAUAAUUCGAUUAUAAUUUCUUUACUGAUAAGGUGGUGGAAGGGUGAUCUCUGUGAGGAAUGGAAUGUUUUUUCCCCCUUUAAGUUGGAAAAACCCUGUUGUGUUAGGCUUAUAAACUGUGGGAAUGUGGUUUGUAGGCUACAGAAUAAUUAAGUUACUGCACCCUCUCGACUUCUCCUCUGAAGCUGUUCCUGGAGGCCUUUUUGUACCUGUUUGUUAUAACCUAUAAACUUUCUACAGGAGUUGGUAGUUCAGAAACAAAAUGAAGUUUGGAUAUACAAGUGGCAGUGGGGAGAUAAGAGGCAGGAACAGAACCCCAUUUUUCUUCUUGCUGUGUAAGGAAAUGUAGGCCUGCAAAAUAGGACACAGCCAUAAAAUGGGGAAGCUGCUAGGUGUGGUCUUCAACUUUGGGGCAGCCCUAUUUUGGGUCUUUCUGGACCAGAAGGCCUUUUCUGUUUGUUGAAUUUUGAGCCUUUCUAUGGGUAUUGUCAGGUAGCUAAGUAGGCUUACACUGAUAGGUUUGAAAAGAGUGCUUGACAGUAUGUAUGCAUGCUUGUGGGAAUGACCUUUCUUGCCCCAAUCACCAUGACAUUGUUUUGAUGAUGUAGGAUACCACACCACUUAUUUGUAUUGUAUGAUCUAACAUUUGAACCUUUCUUUUUUAGGCUGAGGCUUAUACCCACAACAUGACUGUUGCCUUGAUCAUCUCUGUUUUGUUUUUUGUCUUGGCUGUUCGCUCAGUUGAGAGAAGGCCUAUAGCCAACUGACAGGAUUGGAGGGUAGGGGAAGAGAAAGAGAAAGACAACCCAAAUUUCAACUCCUUUUAAAUAAAGUGAAUGGUUCCAUCUUUCUUCCCAUUAUCAGCCUUCAAAUGAGAUUAUUAAAAUAAUCAAACAAAUGCCAUCUCACCACUAUGGCAAUUCAGGGUUAAAUGUGCAGUAAGAAUUAAAAUGUAUGUAUGAAUCACAUUAAAAUGGCCUAAUGGACACUUUCUGUAAAUUGGAGAGUGUUAAUAUAAGCUUUUGUCAUAUGAAGCAUGCUCUCUAAGGGAUUUGGGAUGGUGAGAUAAGGCUUUAAAUCUUGAUGACAUCAAGCCAGGCAUCUGCCAUAGCGCAGAUAUAUUUCAUGUACUACCAAAUGGUAUUGAAUCUGGAAAACUGAUCGCCCAAUUGUCUUUCAUAGUAUUGGUCCCAUAGAAACUCUGUCUGUCUGUCAAGUAGCAGAUGAUUACUUGUGUUGUGAAGAAAGCCUAUUUGUAACAUGAUGGUUGUGUGGUUUUCAAUGAGAAGAACAGUCUGUUCUUAUUCCAGUGGUAGUGUCUACAAGUAUGGAUAUUAGAAUGAUUUAACACAUGUACAAAUCCUUGUUCUACCACUAAUUCUGCUCACAAAUGGGUUGUCUGUUCCUGAGAGCAGAUUCUGUGAUCUAGGCCCUUGCCCAUGGUGACUGGGCAUUCCAGUACAUCGCACUAAUUUAGGUGACAUUUUAGAGAAGUAAUUUAACAAAAACUUUACCUUCAACGACCUUUUUCUAUGUCAUCUGUUGGGGCAUCUGCAUGGCAGAAGUUCUGGGGUCUCAUAUAGCUAAUGUAGUGAAGGUUAAUGAUUUAUCAACUAAUAUGAACUAUAAUUUUAUAGAAUUAUUUUUUCUGCCUUUUCUAUAUUGUGGCGGGCAUUAAAGUCCCCAAUGUAUACCAGGAAAAAAAGGACACCAUAGUGUUUCUAGUGACAGUUUAUUGUUGAUUAUGUGCUCUACAAAUACACAGACUUUGGAAAGUAAGAGUCUGAACUUAUAUGCCUGAAACAAACUAUGGGCAAGUAGGUGGUUGUAUUCAUAUCACUUCCUGGAUAGGGAAGUACAGUACUUGUACAAAUAGGACAUGCAUUGGAAUACACAUUGAAAGAGGAUACUAUCUGCAUUGCUUUCACUGGGAUGCUUAUUUGUACCUGUGUUUUGGGUGCAAGUAGUCUUGCCUAUGUGUCUUUUUUCUUUUUUAAGAAUCUGAUUAGAGUUGGAUCAGGGCAAGGAACUACUAUGAUCCUGUGACAAUUUCAGAUUUUAAACUAUGAAUAAACUAAAUACAGGCAUAGUUUAUAUUCUCUUAAAUCAAGAUACACAUUUAGAGCUGUGCCAGCAGUUUGUAUUCCGCUAUAACUUGAAGCUUGCUGUGUAGUGGAAAAAUGAAUAUUUGAGCACUAUCUGCAAAUACUGCUUAGGAUGUUAAAAAUCAGCUUUGCUAGACAGUUUCACACAAUGUUACUAGUUUGUGGCAUAUCAACUGGCAUAUCAUGGGUGUGGGGGCAGAAGAAUUAAAUCCCAAAUUCUGCAAAGCCUUCCUUGCCUUGUUGCAUAGUGAAAAUGCUUGUAGCCCAUCAUGGAAGUGGCUAAGGCUUGAAUUAAACUAAUACAUAACUCAUACGAACCUAAAGAAAAGGGACCUUUGGUUCUAUCAUGGCCUCUUACAGAAUCUUUUAAGUAGGAUUUCUGAUCAUCUAGGAUAAUUUCGAUAUAAAUGGAAAAGUUAGAUGUAAGAUCUGUGCCUAAGGGAUUAAGAUCUGAGAGCUGUGAAAGUUAAUGAUUAACAGUGCAAUCCUAACAAAUUCUUCUUAAAAGUACUAUUUACUUCAUUUGGGCUACUUCCAGGUAAGUGAGGUAAGAUUGUGGCCUUUUAUUCUUUAGGGCAGUUCAACCUAACCAUAACCUCCCACAUAAAAGUUUUCUGUGAGCAAGUAGGUCUCUCUUAGGUCUGUGAUGCCCAAGAUUAUUGUUUCCAAUAGUGGUUUGAUUCUCUGGCAGAAUUUGAGUUGUAGAUUCCUAAGAACAGCAAGGUAUGUUACGGCUUCUUAACUAUACGAGCACUCAAAUGUUAGUAGGUGUAUUAGGAUUGUGAAGUAGCCUGUUUCAGAAAAACAACCCAAGCAAGGUAUCUGGGUAAGAUGGGGAUGAGACAUAAUCUAUUCAAAGAAAUAGAAAUAAAAUUCUGAUAGUGAUGGAAGGUGCAUUUGCUCUAAAGUGGUACAUUUGCUCUAAAAUGGACAAGAAAUCAAACAAGGGUUAAGUUGAGAGAAGCAGUUAUAAAAUACUGGGCCCAGUUCAGAGAAAGCUAGUUGUGCCUCGUUUAAAUUGAUGGGACUUGUUAGACUGAAGUCCUGUACACACUUGUCUGGGUGUAAGCCCUGUCUGAGUCGACAGGCAUAGGAUUGCACUGUUCACUACUCAGUGGGGGGAUGAACUUGUGUAUUGGGGUACACUGCCUGUGCAGCUUGCUGUCUUAUCCUGCUCAUGUUGACAAAAAGUAAAAUCAGUGGUGCUUCAUUUGAAUUAAAUUUUCCUUAAGACUAGACCAUUCGUAUUUCUUAAGUAGCGUCUUAAAGUGAAGUAGGUUUGAACUGAUUUGGGGAAUUGGACACUGAGAUAAUUAGUGCUUUGAUUGCUUUACUUUAAAUUAGGGCUCUCCUUUUGGUCCUGAUAAGGUGAUUCUAUGAUUCAGAUACCAUCUACAGCAGGGCUAGCUGACAGGGUGCCAUCCAGAUGUUGCUGAACUAUAACUCCCAUCAACUAAUGAUUGCCUACGAGGACAGGGGAUAAUUGAUUUGGAGUUUGACAACAUCUGGAAGGCACUGCAUUGACUACCCUUCAUCUGCAGGAUGGUAAGUAUUCCAAUCUUUUUUAAGGCAGCUAAUUGCUUUUAACAGAAACAAACUCCUGAGUCCUGUGGCCCAUUGACGUUAGUUACAGGGAGUGUGGCUUAGUGCAUGUCUGAAGUGACACACUGGGUUUGUUUCCAGAUGGAAAUGCAUAUCUCCCUCUACCUCUAAAAUGUGUCUGGAUUUCUAGGAAACUGGAUAUACAAGUGAAAUGAUGGUGAAAAAGAGCAGCCAAUGAGAGUCUGUUUAAAAGAUAAGCAAUUCACCAAGGAAUGGCAGUGAAUCCAUUAGUAAUUUUGGAUUGUGAGAGGGAUAGAAGCAGCAUACAAAUUGAUCAUUUUCAAUAUCUUCGUACCUGAACAUUUAAUACAAUCUUUCAAAAAAAAAGAUGAAUUUUUCUCGGGUAGGGGUUUGCAUGUCAUAGAGCUAUUCUACCCACCUGCAUUUCAGGAGAGUUUAAAACACACACACACACACACAGAGUUUUUCAUUCUUUUAGAAUAUAGCUGUCUGCAGCAGCAAAAAUGAAGCUUUUGGUGAAUCACUUAAAACAGGCUUCCUCAACCUCGGUCCUCCAGAUGUUUUUGACCUACAACUCCCAUGAUCCCUAGCUAGCAGGACCAGUGGUGAGGGAUGAUGGGAAUUGUAGUCUCAAAACAUCUGGAGGGCUGAGGUUGAGGAAGCCUGACUUUUAAAAAAUCACCUUUUCCCACCUGAUCGGCAAAAGUAAUCUCUCUUUUUCUGUUUAAAUGCUGUUUAUAUGAUCUGCUCUUUGAAAUAUUUAGGAGUGUCUCAAAGCACAAUCUUACACCUUUAAAAUGAAGGCUGCUUUUGCAAAGGACUUCGGCAUUUAAAAAAAACCCACAUGCUCUUCAACUGUAAAGCCAUUAUAAGGAUAGUACUUUGGAGAUUAUUGCUGAGGGGAGGGUUGCAGUAAAGUUCUUGUUUCUGAAAUAUUCUCCACAUUCAGCAACUCCACACCUGGAUUGCUAUGUUCUACCUCGGCUGUCGGAGGCAGCUGCUGGGCACCACAAGUGGCCAAAGUGCUAUUGUGCUCAGGUCCAGUUUGGCUGACCACUGUGAGAACAGGAUGCUGGACUGGAUCAGGUCCACUGACCUGAUCUAGCAGGGCUCUACUUAACAUUCUUUUAAAAGGUUUAUUGAAAGCAUGAGACCAUAAUUUUAAACAUUUGUGCUUAUUAGUAUUGGAGCAGUUCUCAUGUAAGCCAAUCAUUCAAGCUAUGCUCUUAAAUGUUUGGGGGAAAGUGAUGAAAUCAGGAGUUUAGGAAUAUUCGUGUUUCUGGAAAGGAAUAUUCUGCUUUGAUUGCUUUAUAUGGAAAUAACUUGUCAUUUGCAAAAGGGGUACUCCAUUAUAAACAUAUUUAGCCUAUGUCUGCUUCUCAUGUUAGGUUUUGCACUCUAAGUGGACUCCCAAAUACAAAAUACAUGCAUGCUGAAUUACUGGUAGUUGCAAAGGCGUGUCUAUGUAUAAUUCCCUUUUUUAAUCUAGACAGCACACAGAAGCAAAAUCUCCCAUUAACUCUGGUUUCCCAUUUAGUUCAGACCCAGAAACUAUGGUUAAAAGCUUCAGAACAAUACAGGAUAUGGAGCAAUGCUGUGAAGUUGGCUUCAUACCCAGGCUUGUCAAAAAGUCAUUAACCAUGGUUUCCUGCUCCAGAAGGGCACCAUGGUCAAUGGUGCCAAAAGCUGCUGAGAAAUCAAUGGAAACCAACAGCUCACACUUAAAUAAAACCAAACUCCCAUCGCCUUGCUAUUUUUCCUCCCCAUAAUUUAACCCUCCCCUUUGCUGGUAUGCAAUUUAUGAUAAGGGGAACUAAAGCUUCAAGGAAACACUGUUAACUACGUUUUAUUCAUGAAUUAUGUUGGUGGCUGAAAAACAUAGAUGGAGUUCUGUGUUUUUCAAAUAACUUGAUUUACAGAAAGUGCCUAAGCCUGCAAUCCUAUGCAAACUUAUUUCUCAGUAGAUGGGCAUGAGAUUAUGACAUAAAACUGUGAAACUUGCAAUUUAGAAUGAGGGUUUCCAGAUGAGUCAUGCUAGUGCAGCUGCAAAGGUAAGGUUACAUGUUCUUGGAAGUCACUGGUAACCAUUCUGUACUUAAAAUGGUUUCUGUGAUAUUUCAGAAGCCAUUUCAGGUUAUUUCAGAAGCCAUUUCAGGUUGUUUUUUUGGGUUGCCACCUUAUGGAAGAUGUCAGCAUCCAGCUGUCUUUUGCAAACUCCAGGUUAGCUUGUAAUGACUGAAGUAGAAAAGUCAACAGGCUUAAUACCCUUAUUUAUAUGUUUACAGGUUAACUGUAAGACCAGGAUCCAAAUAGCUCACUGGCCACCUUCAGAUAUCUGCCAAACUAUAGUUUAGUGUGACUAGAACAAGCCUCAGCUGGCCUUGGGGACUUCUUUUCAACCAAGGAGACACUUGGGUGCUUUUGAUUAUGUUGCUGUUCAACCACAACAUGUAUCAUCCCAACUGUGGUUAUUGUUAACUGAUGAAAACACAGCACCUUUUAAAGUACAUCAUAUAUUUAAAGGUAAAGGUAAAGGGACCCCUGACCAUUAGGUCCAGUCGUGACCGACUCUGGGGUUGCGGGUCUCAUCUCGCUUUAUUGGCCGAGGGAGCCGGCGUACAGCUUCCGGGUUAUGUGGCCAGCAUGACUAAGCUGCUUCUGGCGAUCCAGAGCAGCGCACGGAAACACCGUUUACCUUCCCGCUGGAGCGGUUCCUAUUUAUCUACUUGCACUUUGACGUGCUGGGUUGGCAGAGCAGGGACCGAGCAACGAGAGCUCACCCCGUCACGGGGAUUUGAACUGCCAACCUUCUGAUUGGCAAGCCCUAGGCUCUGUGGCUUAGACCACAGCGCCACCCAUGUCCCAUAUCAUAUAUUUAAUUUGUGUGAAAUAUAUAUUGGCUUGAAUUCUGUAGUUUGUUAAUGGGUGGAGGGUGUUGGCCAUUGUAGAAGGCAUGGAUAUCUCUAGGUACGUGCUCACCUCAAUGUAAUUCUUGUAGUUUUCAACAUCUGAAUUGUUGCAGACCAAGAUCUUUCAGGAAAUAAGUGGCUGCUGAGAUUGUGACUGCUAUGUUCAAGACUUGCAUAUUUGCAUUUUCAAUUUGCAGCUGAAGGUGCUGUUUGAGUUAUUAUUAAAUCCCCCCCUCCCCCUGCUCACACAAACACAUAUCUUGAGGCAGGUUUCAGCAGAUCCAUGGUUUACUUUUAAAUUCUGUGUCCAAUAACUACCAGAAAAAGAAGCCCACAUAACAAAGCUGAAACCCUUUCAAUCUUCCAAUGCCUACCCCAUCAUAUAAAUCCAAAUCUAACAGCCAGCUCAAAAGUUUUACGGCUUCUUCUGUAAGCAGCUGAAGAUUGGUGCACUUCAAAGGAGACAAAAUUACACAGUUGUGGAAACAACCCCUAAGAGUCAGCUGUACUGUUGUAUACAUACCUGAAACCAAAAUGGACUGUGUCAAUAAAUAUGAAGUGUGCAUCUUUAGAAUGGGGUGUGGAUUUCCUUAAAUUCUGCAGUAGUAGGCCAGUCAUUCUCACAGCCCUUGCUUCGAGAUAUUUAAAGCAGGGGUGGGAACUGUGGCUCAUCAGAUGUUAAUUGGACUACAACUCCCAUUGAUCCCAACUGGCAUGGCCAGUGGUUAGGGAUGGUGGGGGAGCUGUAGUCCAUACACAUCUGGGGAGUUGCAGAUUUCAAACCCUUUUCUAAAUGCUCUCAUUUUAAUGGCGGUGCUCAUGCCAAUAUAUAAAUGCGUGUGUGAUGGAAAGGUGUGUUGAGUGUCAAAUUAACUAGUGGGGGACCUAUCUCUGAACUAACCUAACAUGAACUGUAUUUCAUAUUACAUACUUUAUAAGUAAGCUUAACUUUCGUGGUGGUUCUUUGGAAAUUUCCUACUUGAACAUGUUUUCUGUUAGAAUGGAGGCCUUCAGUUAAGUCAAAUGUUAGGGCUUUGCAGUAGAAGUGUUAAUAUAGCCCACAAAGACAGACGACUAAAGGGAUGGCAUCAGAUUAAUAUGGUGACCACAGAAGUAUGUUAAGAUAUAAAGAGCUGUCUUUAUAUCAAAUCUUACCCAACACUAGGAAUGGAUUUUCAAGGUCUUAGACACCAGCUUAGGUCUACAGGUCAAUAUUACAGUGCUACCUCGGGUUAAGAACUUAAUUCGUUCUGGAGGUCUGUUCUUAACCUGAAACUGUUCUUAACCUGAAGCACCACUUUAGCUAAUGGGGCCUCCUACUGCCGCUGCGCCACCACUGCACGAUUUCUGUUCUUAUCCUGAAGCAAAGUUCUUAACCUGAGGUAAUAUUUCUGGGUUAGUGGAGUCUGUAACCUGAAGCGUAUGUAACCUGAAAUACCACAGUAUUUCAAAGAGAUGUUUAAGGAACUGAACUUGAUUCCAUUUUCUUGCAAAGCAUGUAUUCUUCUCUGAACUGUUGCUCCUUUUUUGCCCAUAUUUCUCAAAAAGUUUCAUUUUUAGUGAAUCAAAACAUGGUGGCAAGUUUGGAGCUCGGUUUUGUGGGAAAACACUUAGUCCCCAAAGACUUAAGCGUAAGAUGACUGAAAUGUUUUGGUAGUAUUUCAAAGCUGUUCUCACCCCAUCUAUGGUUACCACCAUAAAAAAAGGAUUGGAAUAGCAAUGAGUCUCAUUAGGCAAUUUUACAAAGUUUAUGGUGCCAAACCUGAUAUUGUCUGCAUGUGUGUUGUGUUUGACAAAUGUCGCCACUGUGGUAGUGAGCUUUGCUACUGAGGUCCGUGAAAAUGUUAGUCUGCCUGAUAUUCUAGGUCAAAUGAAAAACCUAGAAUGUCUUACAACAUUUGUUUCUAGCUAACAGCAUUCAGUUAACCUGUGUUCAUUGUGUAUGUUUGCCAUUUUUUUGGUUUUCUGACAAAUUAAAAUAAUCACGAUUAUAAUAAAACGCAGGAAAUAAAUAAAAUGCAUACCCCAGAAUUGACUGAAUAGAGUUGAGGCUACCAUAUAAAACUUGGCUUGUUUUAACAUAGUGAAUAUGGAGACAUGGUGAACAUAGAUACUCUUCUAUAACGGGAUAAUUUUACUUGGCAAAACAACUGUACUUGCAUGAUUUGGAAAUACUGAUACUGCUAAAGUCAGCCCCUACAGUUGUCACGAUGCCCACAGAACUUUAUCUGUAGCUGCCACGUUAGAACUUCAAGCUAUCUGCAUGUAGGGGAAGCCUGGUGUGGUAUACUAGGAAGUUAUAUAUUUGGAAGAAGAGUUUAGCAGAAGCAACUUUAGGUUGUGUAGCAAAGCAUCAUUGAUACAGACUAAGUAACCCAGUUAGAAUGCAACUAUGGUGGGUUAUUCACUCAGCUGCUGAAUCUUGUUUGUGAUCCAGGGCAGACAGUUGAAGGACAUAGGAAGGGUGAAAGCUGUCUUGCUAUGGCACUAGGAAAGGAGGAGAUAGUGAACUAUUUGCUUCAGCUGCAUAAUGAGGAGGUGGGGAAAACUUUGUGAUCACAGUCUUUGUUUUGGGGGGGCCUCAGAUCCGAGCCUCAUGAUGUGCCAGUUGCAUGAGACGUCUGCAUAUUCUUGCAUUGCAGGGUUUGGACUAGAUGAUUCUCAGGGUCCCUUUCAACUCUAUAGUUCUAUGAUUCUAUGCCCUAAUCAAUGCAGGAAUAUGCAGGCUUUCAACUUGAAGCACAUGUGAAUUUCUAUGUUACAGAACACCAUUAAGAGGGAGCAACAAAAUAAAAGCAUUCUACAAUAUCUACAGGCACCUAAGAAGUUGAGAAAGAUACAUGGAUUUCCUGGCUCACCUCCUUACUAGGUCCUGUAAAGCACAACUUCAUCUUAUAAGGUUGAUUUUGCUGUUUACGAGAACUCUGCUCUUUUGACAGGCAAAGCGAAGACUGGAACUGGGAGGAAGCGGACAGCAGUUUCUGGCUGAAGGACUAAGAACGCCGAAGGGGAAAGGGAGAGCUGCAACUAGAAGUCCAGAUAGUCCCAAAAGUAAGGAACAUUUUUUGUUAAAUGUGUUGCAAAGAGCUUCAAAGCAGCAUGUUACCGUUCUGGAUUUUGAAUGUAAUCACUGCUCCUUGCCCAUUGAUCAAGCCAAUGCAUUCAGUAUGUUCUCAGGUACCCUUCAUGGUUGUUUUGCUCUGACUAAAAUUAUCACCCCCUGUCUCACAUUGCAUUUUUGUUCUACCCAUGUAUGCAGGAUCAGGGGUGAGGAAGCUUUGGCUCCCCAGAUAUGCUUAUACUCCCUAUCAGCCGCAGUGAGCAUGGCCGGUGGUCAGGGUUGAUGGGAGUUGUAGUCCAAUCCAACUGUACAAGUCUGUGAUUCUAUCUCAAAGUAUCUGGAGGGCCACAGGUACUGCUAUUGAGCUAGAUAUUAGUCUUCUUCAUGUGUUCUCUAGCUUGUGGAAAGUGAACAUGUGAGGGUAGUGGAUAGCAGAUGAAAAUGAGCAUGUGGGUUGACUUUGCAAUUGCCCUCCAUGACUUGGAAGGAAAUCUUCUGAAGUGGGGGCUACUUGUCCCCUCAUGUUCUAGAAUUGUGGAAAAUCAAGGUUAUUGCCAACAAAGAAAGGCUUGACGUUCAUCAUGCAUUGAGUGAGUUCUAGCCAUUUGCCUCACUCCCUUGCUUUUGAAGUCUUCAGUAGGACUGUUGCUUGGAAACUGCCUAGUACAAGUAAGGGAACUCUCCAUCAUAGACUGAGCCUUCUGAAUAAACGUGCCUGCCAUGUUGCUUCUGAUUUAUAUGUGCAAAUUAUUUUGAAUGUGAAUGCAGAUUUUUUUUAAAGCUGCUCUUGGGGCUACAAUGCAGGAUACACACAUUCAAAAUAAAUGCAUAACAUGUUAAGAGUUACAUUGAAUGUCACAACAGAGAGGUAUCGGUCAUAACUGGAGGGUGGUUUAACCGAGGCAACUGUUUUUAAAGCUUCUGUUAGCUUGUUAUUUUCAAGCUGGUGAUGCACAAAAUCAUGAAGCACUUUCUACCUUUCUCUUACAUACAAAACCUUACCUCCAGUUUAUUCACACUGUCUUUUCUUUAUACAAUAGAUAUGGCUUGAAAGUUAACAUGUCUCGAGAAAAGCAAUGGAAAAAGGUACUCGAGCCUAGCUACUCUGUGGAUGUAUAAUGUUGAACUGGCUCUGAGUGGUCCCGUGUACAAUGCACACGAUUACUCCCAAUUACUCUGAAGGUUUAAAAUAGAGAUUUAACACCAGCUUCAUAAUCAUCAUAAAUUUAAUUUUUCUUCAAGCUCCCAAAUCCCCUUCAGAAAAGACGCGAUACGAUACAUCGCUGGGUCUUCUCACCAAGAAGUUUGUUCAGCUUCUGAGCCAGUCCCCAGACGGUGUCGUAGAUUUGAACAAAGCAGCAGAAGUCCUUAAGGUACAAAAAAGGAGGAUUUAUGACAUCACCAAUGUCCUGGAAGGCAUUCACCUCAUUAAAAAAAAAUCCAAGAACAACAUUCAGUGGAUGUAAGUAUCCUAGUGCUAUAUUCUUGUUGCCUACAGGACGGCCUUGCACUUUCACAUUUCAUUUUCACGAAAGUAUUUUGAAUGCUGGAGGAUAACAAGAGUUAUUCCACUAAGCUUUACUCAGAGUAGGCCUACUGAAAUCGAUGAACACCGCUAAGUUAAAUCUACUCUGAGUAAAACAUAGUUGAAUCCCACCCAGGGAAAUUUAAUCCUGCCAUUCAUGGAGGUAUCUUAUGACGUGGUCUGACUGUGUAUGUUUGCAUUGGCUGUAGGUCAAGGCCACAUAUCACAUGGAAUGCAUUGGGAAAGGGAAUGGUGGCUUGCAAACCACUGCCCAUAAUACUUGGUCAAAUGAGGCUUAUUCAGAGGCAGCGUCCCUCUGCUUGUCAGGUGCUGUGGACAAACCUACAACAUGUUUUACUUAUGAGCUGCUUGGAGCCCUCUGGCUACCAGUGGAGACAGACAACUGAAUUCUGAUGUGCCCAAAGUGAUUCAGCUACAUUCUCAUGGCUUACUCAGACAUCUAAAAAUAUUGUGUAGCACAGCCCUUUCCUUGAUAUUGUAUUUUGUUGGUGGCAUAUUUUCACAUUUCUUUAAAACAUAAAAUAAAAGCAACUUCUCUGUGUGUAGAAACUGGCAUAUUAUGGGAAAUGAGCCCUCUACUCUCCUUAUCCACUAGCUUUCCACGGCUGGGGACUUACUUGCGUAGGGGAAAAACAAACACUUGUAAUACAGAGCUACAGUCCAGAAAGGGAUCAAAUUUUGCAUGUUUAAGCUUCUGCUUAAAUAAUGCACAUGAAGCAUUUUGAGCUGUGGUCAGGGACAAUUUGGGUCACAUCCAUACCAUACAUAUGAAAAGCACAUUUAUGCCACACAGUCAUGGCUUCCCCCAAAGAAUCGUGGGAAAUACAAUUUGCCUCCAGAGAGCCAUUUUAGCACCCUUAACAAACUACGGUUCCCAUGAUUCUUUGGGGGAAGCCAUGAGAUGUCUAUGCAUGGUGCAGGUGUGAGUUUAGACACCCCCAGCUCAAGUACACAGGUUACGCCAGCAGUACUGUUGAGAGAGAAACUCAAUCAGUUCCUCUUGCAUAGGAAGCAUAUGAAGGCAAGGGAACAUCGUGGGAUGUAGGAAUGCAAGAUGUUGCCUUCUCCCCCAUGCCGCCCAAUAACAGUUUGCUUGUUCCGAAGCUUGAGCAUAGCCUCAGUAGAAAUUUGGUUUUAAUAUGGUGGUGGAUACUUGGGGGUGAGCUUGGAAGAGUGGCUUGCCCGACAGCUACAUAAUGAGUUCAUGACUGAGUUGAAAUCUGAACCAGAAGUUUCCAGUUCAUAGCCAUGUACUUCCCAUUAAAUGAGAUGAACUUUAAAUUUGAUCCAGAUAUGGAGGUGGCAUACAUUCAACUUGAGAAUUUUGAUACUUGAUGGUAUUGAUCUCUUGGCAAAAAGAUACUUUGCAGCACAUGUGCAUUUCUUAUGUGCUUUGACUUAAUUCUUCUAAAACAGGGAAUAUAAUGGUUGGACUAAGAAGUGAGAAUCGAUUUUUUUCUUAGUCUGAAACUCUUAUCAUGGGGUCCUGCUUGGCCUUGGGUCCAAGUGGAGAAGCACCCCACUACCCAAAGGUCCGGAAGAGGCCCCCCCCCCAUUUCUCACUAUAUAAUGAAAUUGCAAGAAUGUAAUCAUGCUGCAGUUCACAGGGCUGCACUGUUUAUAGGAAAGUGGGAGGUGCUUCAGAGAGCAUAUUGGCAAGCAGCUCUCUGAAACACCUCCCACCCUCCUUUAAAAGGGUUCGGGAGUAAAGUGCUGUGAAGGAAGUGUGCAGCUUCGGGGGUUGGGCUGGGUGUAAAGGAAGGAGGGCUUGGCCAGGUGUGGGGGAAGUGGGAUUGGGAUAGGUGGGGUUAGUGAGCAAAGCAAGCUGGCGCGGCAGCUCUUCGCUAUUGAUAAUUAUGUGCAAACACUGAAUCUUAAAAGUAAACCGCAAAAACAAAUGGAACUAGAGUGUUUUCAAACAUGCAGCAAGAGUCACUGCCACUAAAAGAAAGUUAUGCCCAAAAUGCCAUUAGUAAAUGGUUUUGUUAUCUUUGCACAUCACAUAAGGCACACCAUCCUUCCAGAAGGAGGAAUGAGAUAAUCAUGGGUGGACUCUGGAAAUCCCUCUGUAUAUGUAUAGAAUAAAGUGAAACAAUGUUUUUAAAAAGAGAUCUUGUUAAGCCUCGCCUCUCGCCAGCUUGCUUUGAUGUGCUAGUUUUUCAGACAAUGCGACUUGCCAAAUCUUCAGCACUCAGCUUCUUCUGAACUGAAUAGUCACAUGAAGUUUUAAGAGAAACUCUUGUCUCGUCUGGACCUGGGAACUUUAGGAAUGCCUGUGAAGUGUCUGUUCACUUGUCUUGUAGGGGCUGCAGUCUGUCGGACUUUGGGGGCAUGUUGGCACACUGUCAAGGCUUGUCCAAGGAGGUGGCAGAACUCAACCAGGAAGAGCAAAAGUUGGACGAGUUGAUACAAAGCUGCUCUCUUGACCUAAAGCUACUAAGAGAAGAUUCUGAGAAUCGGAGAUAUCCUUUUAUAUCAGAUAGCCUGAACUCAUUUGGGAAAUCUUAACAUUUCUCUAAAGGCUAGGGGUAGUGGAUUGUAUUGGUGGUAUUAAUGAUAUACUGCAGCAGGCAUGAUGCUUACUUAUAGCUAUUCUGAUAAUUUUAAAUCACAUGUAAGUAAGCGGUUUUAAACUGUUUUCAUUGUGUAACCUGCCAUGGGACCUUUGGGUGAAGGGUGGGUAAUAAAUAAAUUAUAAUAAUGAUAUUUUUCAAACUACGACUGAUGUUCUGCAGUAGCAGCUCACUUCAACACUGUUUGGAUUCUAGUUAAUACAAGACUGAUUUGUUGGUGUAAUUUCUAAAAACCUUACAAAUUAUUUCAUAAUCAAAAAAUGUGAAGUAUAGCCAAGAAAUCUCAACAGAUCGCUCCUCGCUUUGUCCAACUUCAGGGCUGUUUCAGUUUCAUUCUUAUUUAUUUUUUAAAUUUAGUAUUAGAAGUAGGGAGAGAGCAGCUAACGGUAGCCUUGAUGGGGGAACAGUGUAAGAAUAUUUACUUUAGUGUGCUGAUACACGUGACUGAAGGCUGCUUCUGAACAAUUCUUUAACAAAGUUUACAUUAGCUUAUGUUAGAUACGAAGACAUUCAAGAAAUAAGUAGCCUUAAAGACCAAACUGUCAUACUUGUGAAAGCUCCUCCAGAAACAAAACUUGAAGUGCCUGACCCAAUAGAGGUAAGAAUAAAAUGCUUGUGGUUUUUCUUCUGUAAGUUAAUCUUACACAAUGUGUAACGUUUGCAGUGGUCUUAUACCAUAUUUAUGUAUAAGCUUUACUGAAUGGGAUCAUUUUUCUAUAUGGCAAUAAAAAAUGCUAAUGGGCAGUCUUCUAAUUUUUUGGUUUCUGGAACCUGGGAGAUCAUUCUUCUAUGCCUCUCUUUCCUUCUGACUACUAGAUCUUGGUUAAUGCUGUCUCAUUUAUCUUUUUUUGCUCAUUCUGUUCCCUGAGAAGUUGGUCUGCUACCACCCCCUCUGAUUAUUUCACUCAUUGUAGUGUUUGUGCCUUGUGCCUUGCUGUUUCUUAAACUGACUUUCCACCUUGCACUUCUUUCUCAAUCUAAUUUGAUGUUAAAAAAAAAAAAUAUUGGCUUUUCCACCUUCUAAGACAGCAAUGAGGAACCUCUGGCCCGCCAAGCCUCCCAGUUUGGUCCACCAGGCCAUUUUGGGCAGGCCACACCACCUGCCGUUAACAUUCGUUUAUUUUUCAUUCACCAUUUUACUGGUAUGCUGCUUUUCCACAAAAAGAAUCAAAGUGGCUUAUAACAAAAGGGGGGGAAAGAGUACUGUAACACUUCAAAAUCAACCAUUGCAAGAACCGCUGCAAUACCCCUCUAAGAAGGCUUCAGCUGGGCAAUUUGGAAUGGGCAGCAAGCAGAGGGGUGCUGCUGUUACCGUGCUCCCGGGCCCAAUAUUGAGAGGGGGUGCAAACAGGGGCGUCCACAGCAGGCUCCUUCACUGGAACCUGACUCCAUGCCAGAAGGAGCUGCACUUUGACUGCGGCGCUUGUGCCUGGCGCAGUUUCGCGGGGCCCGGGUCAGGCCUGACCUGGGGAAGGAAAGCAGGUGAGUGGGCGGCAGCGCUGCUGCCCACCAUCCUCGGCCACUGCAGCAGCUCUGCCACCAAGUCACUUCUGACCCGGUGGCGGAGAGCUGGAGAAUCAGUGGUCAUGCUGCUGCCCACCCUCCUGGGCUGCGAGGCACCUCCUGCCUGGCUGCAGUAACUCUGCUGCCAGGUCAGACCGGAACAGGAGGAGAGUGGGCAGCAGCUUCCCUGCCCCCUCCUAACCCUGAACUGUGACCUGUGGAGGGCGCCCUCUGCGGGCAUAUGCUCUGCUGCUGGCCUGUUUAGCAUUAGCAGUAUAUUUUGCUGGACCAAUUCUCGAUUGGUCUGUAAGCUUUCAACCUACGCAGGGCUUUUCCUUAGGUUAGGCUACCGUCGUUAUACAUACUUUCCUAGAAGUAAAUCCUAGUGAAGUUAGUAGGACUUACUUCUGCGUAGGCAUGCACAGACUUGCACUGUUAGUAUAUUAAGAGUGAAAUGGAUUGUGAGGUUGCAUUUGAAGUUGUCCUGAGACAAAGGUUGAUGUUCAGGAAGAGAAUGUGCCAUCCACUUGUUCCUUACGCAUGAUUUUUAUAUCAUUUGUAAAUGAAUAGCAGUCUCACCUGCAUGAUUAAAUGUGCACAGACCCUUGCAGAAACAUGUUACUCUUCCACACAAACUGACUUUGAUUAGCACCCUGGACCUUAUAAAAAUGAACCAUAAAUCUCCAGUAGCCGCUUGUUGCAUUUUGUUGGCAGAAGACAUAUUGAAAAUGGGGAUGUUUUGUCUUUGCAGAAUAAGCUGAUACACUUAUCUAGUACCCAGGGGCCUAUUGAAGUUUACUUGUGUCCAGAAGAAACAGAUUACCACAGUCCAAUGAAAACGCAAGAUCAGGAUCAUAAUGGAAAUAUCUCAAGGAAUGUUUCCAAAGGUAACAUUUUGCCUUUUAAAGUUGUAUUGACCAAGUAUAAUUAAAGGGAAAGUGUAAUUCAGUCUGUUCAGUUAAUAAUUGAUGUGCUGAAUGCUAGAUUUCUUUAGACUAAAGGAAGUAUGAAUGCUACGGGGGGGGGUGUACCUUCCCCCUCAACAUUGUCAUACUUUAUUCAGAAUAUAGCCCUGAUUGUAAGUACUUCCAUGCCCUGAGCUUGCCGUCUGGGUUGGUGGAUGUGAGAAAUCACUGACCAUAAACUAAUUCUGCUGUGCAUGUACACUCAGGCAUGUACAUGUAAAGGCUAUCACUAUGAGCUGUCUAUUUAUGCAUGAUAGGUAAUAUCAUUUAUGAAUUAUCUCUUGUCACUUAAAAGUGGUGGCUGACUACUUUUGUCUAUUGUAAGAGACAUGCCCUGUCAAGUUCCAAAACUUUUGUGAUGCUCAGAGCAAGUGAGGCAGAGCAAAAAAGGGAAAGAGGAUAGAUGAGUUUUCCAUAGCUCAGAAGGUGGCUUUUGGCUGGUGGGACAGGAAGGAAGGUAUUGCCACUACUUGCAUUUGCCACAAGUUGCAACCGUUGCUUCUUCAAGGGUCAGGCAACUAUCUACUGGGUCUGCUCUUACCUGCUCUUCCCAGGACAGGUUACAAGAAUGUAAACAUGCAGUAUUAAAAGCAGACAACACAAUUUACAAUCAGAAGACUGCUUCUCCUGCUCCAACCCGCCUCUCUUCUUAGCAGGAUGGAGAACUGGUGUGUGGGGAGAUAAUGUCCAUAUGUUGCAAGAGGGGGAGGGUUAAGGGCUAAAGACCUCCCCACCAUCACCCGGGUGUAUCUUGCCAAUAAAAUGUCAUCCCUAUUUGGGAAGGCAUUCUUUUUGCAGUAAUUACUCCAAAUAGCUGCUGGUUGAAAAAGAUAGUGUUAACUUUAGCUGUGUCUGUUGACGUUCGCCUUGUCCUUGCUUUCAGCUUUAGCCUGGCUGCUUUACGUACAACCAUCCUCUGAUAACUUUAUUUUCAUUUAUCUCCAGAAUAAUUGUUAUUUGGUUGUUCUGGGUCCACCUCUUGGCCACUAAGAUAGAAGGCUGUGUGUGUAACAUUCAGCAUUGAGAAAUGAAACGUCUUUCUUUUUAUAAAAGGUCACAUGAGACUUGGUAUUGUAUGCAAUGGUAGUUCUACUCAGAGUAGACCCGUGGAAAUUUAAGGCUGACUUGGUUUCAUUCAUUUCAGUAGGACUACUUUGAACAAAGACAACCUUAAAAAUCCAUUUGUUACACUAGCAUAGCCAAAAGACUAAAUAGCUGUGCUGACUUCUCCGGUGGCAUCUUGAGAUGAACUCUGCACCUGAUAGAAGCAACCACCAGGAAAUAUUCCCACCCCCCAGAGAUCACAAUUUUGGCCUAAACAAGUGCAUCCCUGCUCAUGUGUUAAAGGUCAUCCCUGUUCCGCUCUGAACACAGUCAAAGGGAGGGAAAGACUUGUAUCCCAAUCAUUCUGAUGCAUUCUUGUUGCUCAGAGCAACUUACCCAUUUUAAAAAUUGUUUUGUCUACCAAGAUAAGCUGUGUAGAGACAGCAACAAUAGACGUUGAAGGGAAGGGCUGAGUGGGAAAACAUUGACAUGCAUUAAUAUUGUAAAAUCGUGUGUGCAACCCUCUUACAAGUUUUUUAAAAAUAAUGCUAUUUCUUGAAACAGAUUUGAUUUCUGAUAACUCGGGAAGUCUUGACUGUUCAGUAACUACAGCAACCAUCUCCCCAUUGGCCUCUCCAACCAACCUUCUGCAGCAGACAGAGGACCAAAUUGCAUCAGGUUUUGAAGGGCCAUUUGUAAGCUUGCUGCCGCCUCUACUUCAUGAAGACUAUUUGAUCAGUCUUGGCGAAGAGGAGGGUAUCAGUGACCUCUUUGAUUCUUACGAUUUUGAAAAAUUGCCAGCAUUGGUAGAUGAAUUUUUAUGCAGCUGA